AUGCUUUACACAGGGUUGAGUUGAACAAAACAUUGGUUAUGAAGUAUUAGUCGGGAAUCUCUUUUCUCUUUUCUUUUUCUCUUUUCGUGUGCGAUACGACACUCGCUACAUCUCAUACAUGCACUCGCUACGAAGAUGGUUCUAUCCUCUUCUCCUUGUUGUUGGAAACGGAGUCGUAAAUGGAGCUGUGGUGCCAGCGCCGCCUGAUAUCACGGCUGCACCACGAUUGCAAGGGAGACAGGAUAUUGAUGCUAUCGACUUCGUCAACAUCCUCAUUACCGCCCUCCCCCAGUCACUUCGCCAAGUCGCUGCUACAAACGUGCCCGCUGUAUCAAGCAUACUCUGGACCGAGUUCCUGGAUAAUAAUCGACCGCAGUGGUUUCGCGAGUUGCCAGUUGAGGUGCAGAGGUAUCUCAUCCAGGUGUUUGGGCCUGUAACGGCAGCGCCACCGGAAAGUGGGAGUGUGCCGACUAGUGUACCGGCUUCUGUGACCAGGACGGAGCAGAGUGUGGUUACACAGACGGAUGGGUGGGUGACGAGUACGACUGCGACAGUGUCUACAUCAUCUAAGCUGGAGAGUGAGAGUGGGGGAAGUACAACUGCAGUGUUGAGCCAGACUACAACUCGACCAUCCUCGUUUUCGUCUAAGCAGUCAUUCUCAUCGACUUCGAUUUCUCCUACCGCCAGCUCAUCUUUCUCCGCCUCAUCGACACCCACAAUCUCGACUCCGCCUCCCUCCUCCGCAACCCCAAUCAGCACACCCUCCGAACCCCCCGCUCCACCCCCCACCCCUUCCGGCCUUACCUCCCGCCAAAAACUCGCCCUCGGCCUCGCCCUCCCUCUAGGCUUCCUCUCCAUCUCUAUCCUCCUCCUCUCUUUCUUCCUCCUCCGCCGCCACCGCAAAAGAACCCUCGAAGGAAGCCAACCUCCCUCCUCCCCCGGCUUCAUCCCGCGCUUCUCCUUCCAACAAGGACCCUCAGACAGCGCCACCUUACCACUAACCCAUCACUACACGCGGGGCACUGAAGAAUACCCCUGGGACGACCCGUCAGACAUAUAUGAUGCCUACCCUGAAACUCCCGCAAUGGUUGGGAGGGAAGAUACACAUACCCCGAUGGUGGCGCCGGCCCUGUGUCACAGUCACUCUUCGAAUCGAGCAAGGGGAAGGAGGGUUAGCGGGUCGAGUUUGCAUUCUGUGGCUGAGAUGAGGGAGCCUGGGGAGUUCGACGUGGAGUCGCCCGUGUUGGGGCAGUAUGCGCAUCGGAAACGGAGUUUUGGUGGUGGGAAUAGAGAGGUGGGGAGGAGGAGCAGUAUACCGCGGAAACCGGUUCCCAGUCCCAGUAGCACGGAAGAGGUGCCAGUGAAUGAUGCGAGGGAUACAUCGGUUUACCGACCUACACAGGCGGUUCCGCACACAGCGGCGCAGUAUAGUGGGACGGGAAGUAGUUCGUCUGGCCUCGCGGUGUCGAGCUUUUCUUCGAUGUCGUUGGAUGCGUAUUUGGAGGAUUACGGGCCGGAGUAUUAUUAUACGGGUGGGGGGAGAAUGUGGGGUUGAGACAUGGGAGGAGAGUGGAGAGGGGAUGGAAUGGUGAGACGACGGAUUGGCCGUUGAGGAAUUGAUACUGCCAGGCAUUUUCGCGACUGAGGUUUUGGUGCAGUAUUUUCGGGUGACG